CAAACAGGCGUGAACAGUUAUAUUUCCUUCUUUUGGUCGAUUUGCUCUUCUACCAAUGAAAGACGAAUCGAAGAAAUUCUUCUAAAUUUGCCGUUUUCAAGACUAGAAGAUGUUGAAAUUUUUGUUGCUAGCAAAUAAACAAGGGCACGUCAGACUCACAAAAUAUUAUGAGUACAGUGAAAUUAGUGAACGAACUACCCUGGAAGCCGAUCUAAUUCGAAAAGUACUAGCAAGAAGCGAGAAUCAGUGUUCAUUUUUGGACUACAGAGACUACAAAGUAGUGUACAGACGCUAUGCCUCAUUGUAUUUUAUGAUUGGAAUCGACCAUGAGGAAAAUGAGAUGGCUAUCCUGGAGUUUAUUCAUCUAUUAGUCGAAGUCAUGGACAUGUAUUUCAAUAAAGUUUGUGAAUUGGACAUUAUGUGUAAUUUGGAGAAGGCACACAUGAUAUUGGACGAGAUGAUUUCUAACGGAUAUAUUGUAGAGACAAAUAAAUCCCGUAUAGUACCGGUAGUAGUAGCUCUCCUCAAAACAGUUUAG